CAGCACUCUGCACAUGUUCAACAGCAUGCCGGCGAACAUUGAUUCUUGCUAGUGAGCUUUAAGCAGCCGAAAGGAAAACUUUCCUUUUCCUGGUCCAGAUCCAACUCUGCUGUUAAUCCAACUCGGUGUGUUUUUUAGCGUGGUGUUAAAUUUUAAUUGGAAGGUAUACAGAAUGUGUGUGUGGUUUUUUUUAAUGAAGUCAAAGGGAGGAGCGGCUUCCUUCCCACCCACCCGCAUUAUUUGAGUUGGGGAUAUGUUGACGCUUCUUCGCGCCCAUAUCAAGGUCGGCUCCCUGGAAGCGAGCUUGCGCGCGUGCAUGCCCAGAAGGGGAGCCAGGGACAAGGCCAGACAAGCGGCUCCUCGGCGUUGCAGGCCGCAAUUGGCGACGGAGAGGCGGGCCCCGAAAAGACCGGCGGCGGCGCGGCGGCUCCUUCGUCACGCGCGCCAGGGCCCCGGUUGGCAGCGGCAAGCAUUGGCGGCGAAGCUGAGCACAAAGGGCAAGAUCCAGCUCACGUCAAGCACCUUUAAGACACAUCUACUUCAAUUGGAGUGUUUUGCUGAAUUGAUGCAGAGGUCUCCUCCAUCACUGAUUUCUCUGGCUGGAGGGGCACCAAACCCCAAUACUUUCCCCUUCAAAACUGCAAGCAUUACCAUUGGAGAUGGAACAACGGUUGAAAUUGGGGAAGACUUGAUGAAGAGAGCUCUCCAGUAUUCAGCCUCUGCGGGCAUUCCAGAGCUAUUAUCCUGGCUGAAGGAUUUGCAGAAGAAUCUUCACAACCCUCCAACUGUUGAGUAUCAGCCUGAAAAGGGGAAAAUGGAGUUGUGUGUCACCACCGGCAGUCAAGAAGGUUUGAGUAAAGUAUUUGAAAUGCUGAUUAAUCCUGGAGACACAGUCCUUUUAGAUGCGCCCACCUAUCCCGGGACACUGGCAGCUCUGAGGCCGUUGGGCUGCAACAUUGUCAAUGUUCCCAGUGACCAACAUGGCAUUAUUCCAAAAGCCCUGAAAGAAGUUCUUUCCAGGUGGAGUCCAGAAGAUGCCAAAAAACCUAACAGCAGCCUCCCCAAAUUUCUCUACACAAUUCCUAACGGUGGCAAUCCUACUGGAGCCUCACUGACGACAGACCGCAAAAAAGAUAUCUAUCAGCUUGCAAGACAAUAUGAUUUCCUUAUAAUAGAAGAUGACCCAUAUUACUUCCUUCAGUUUGAGAAGCCUUGGGCACCAACAUUUCUUUCCAUGGAUAUUGAUGGUCGAGUUAUCAGGACGGACUCUUUCUCUAAGAUCCUCUCAUCUGGACUAAGGAUAGGGUUUCUAACUGGUCCCAAGCCUCUCAUCGACAGAGUUAUUCUGCAUAUUCAGGUUUCCACAAUGCAUACCAGUACUUUCACGCAGCUUAUGAUAGCCCAGCUUCUUCAACAAUGGGGACAAAAAGGUUUCUUGGACCACGUAGAUGGUGUGGUGGACUUUUACAAGAAGCAGCGGGAUGUGAUGCUUGUGGCAGCAGAUAAGUGGCUAAAAGGCUUAGCAGACUGGCAUUCACCUGCAGCUGGAAUGUUUCUAUGGAUGAAAAUCAAGGGAGUUCCUGAUACACAAGAGUUGAUAAUGAAGAAAGCUUUGGAGAAACAAGUGCUGCUGGUUCCUGGAAGAGCGUUUAACAUUAACAGCUCCGACCCCAGCUCUUACGUCAGAGCUUCCUUCUCGCUUUCUUCUCCAAGCCAGAUUGAUCAGGGUUUUCAGAGGUUGGCUGAGCUCAUCAAAGAAGCCUUAUGAUUUUACCAAACGAAAAAUCCUUGAUAAGCUAAAGAAUCUACAGUAGAAACUCCGGCUUUUUCGAACACACUGGGGUUUCCCAACUGUCCACAGCAGGGAGAGCCAUUGUGGGGGACCUCCAGAUGUUGUUUGACUAUAACUCCCAUCAGCUCCAGUCACCAUAGCUCCUUGGAUGAUGGGAGUUGUAGUGCAACAUCUGGCGGGCAUCCCAUUGGCUACCUGUGGUCUGCAGAGUAUGCUAUGAUUUAAAAUGCACGCCUUUCCCCUCGUGGUGGUGGUGCUGUUUUCAGGUUGUCCAUAGCAGAUCAUAAGGUGGGGCUGCAGUAUUCACCUGAGCUUCAUCCAACGGAGUCUCUGCAGCAUGCAGAGAGCGGGAGGGAUACAGUGGCAAGGUUGGUGCAGUGUAAAUUUUCCAGUGGAGCCAAUUCACCAUACCAACCUGGCCACUGUCACACAAACCUCCCUCUCUUCAUCCCAGUGUGCUGCAGUGACUCAGUCAGACAGAGGACAGGGGAGCAGCACUCCUAAAGUAUCACAUCGGCUGCUCGAGGCUGUAUAUUGACAUCUUGGAAUGUUGGUUAGAAGAGUUUGGAUUUGAUAUCCUGCUUUAUCACUACCUGAAGGAGUCUCAAAGCGGCUAACAUUCUCCUUUCCCUUCCUCCCCCACAACAAACACUCUGUGAGGUGAGUGGCGCUGAGCGACUUCAAAGAAGUGUGACUAGCCCAAGGUCACCCAGCAGCUGCAUGUGGAGGAGCGGAGAUGUGAACCCGGUUCCCCAGAUUACGAGUCUACCGCUUUUAACCACUACACCACACUAGCUCUUGUUAUUCAGGAAGAUCUAAAUUAAGCUGUGGUGGAAGUGUUGCCCUCAAUGAGCCUUGCUAAUUUUUGCUAGAUUGAAAUAGUUUAUAAAACGCCCCCUUUUGUGUAUCAACAUGUUUUCCCCAGAUUUUAAUGAGAAAUUAUCUUUAAACCAUUAUAGCCCACAAACUUCAGUAGAGGUGCCCUGCAUCUUCUCUAUCUCUCAUCCACUGACAAACAAAAGAGUCUGAGAGUAAUAAGGAGAGAAGUAGCAGGAGCUGCCAAGAAGCGUGGCUGCAGCCACCAUUUCAUGGCAUCCUCCCAGAAUUUACAUUCAACUGAUCAAAUACCCAUUUCUAAAUAAAUAGCUGCGCUCUCCACACAGAAUGGCAGACCCGAUAUCUGUCUAAGGAAAGCAAGAAGAUUGAACUCUUUCCACUUGGCAGUGAAUCCCUGAAAUCCAAAUGGGAAUGGCAAAAGUAAGUUGGGCCAAGGACUUUCUUAUGAGUAAACAUGUAAAGGAUUACACUAUAAAUUAUAUCAGUGGUUCUCACUGGUGUGGCAGGAGAGGAUGGCAAGUGUUGCGGGAAGAUUCAAGGACGAUCAAAGAAACAUUUAAACAUUUAAGUAUGGUAUAGUAUACAGUACUAUCAAAAUAAUUUGUUUAAAUAAUUUGUUUAUUAUUUAUAUUCGCAGAUUAUGGAUAGAUAUUUUUUUCAAAAUCAAGCAGUGCUAGAAGUUGUUACUUUUUGUUUCCAGUGUAUUUCUUAUCAAUAAAAAUUUCAGUGUGUUAUGAGCAAUUUUUUAUUCUGACCCAGACAAAAAAUGUUUGAGAUCCAUUGAACUACAAAAAUGAAGAUGAAAGCUACCUCUGCUGACCACAUGAUGCAGAUUACAGUAAUGAUAGCCAUCAUAUUUGCCCCUCUUUCUGUUCAGUUUUUUUUACAUGAUAUAUAACCACCGUGCUAAAAGUAUUUCUCAAUGUUACUAGUUUUUUGAUGAUAAUAUAUAUGAUGGCCACACUACUAAAAUGAUUUGUCAGUUGCCAAGAACAAAUGGUCCUUACUACUCAACACAGAUUGACAUUGUUAAUUUUCUGAUGUUCCAGAAGCGCCUGUGAGGUUGUCUCAUGGCUGUUGUUUUUAAUAAAAAGUUUAAUAUUAACUCUGAAAAGGGAAAAGUGCCUUCUCUUGGUAGAAUAUCUGAGGCCUUUAUGAAGCAUUUAUGAUCACAUGAUUAAGUGGAUUGAUUAUAUCUGUUAUCUGGGAGGUUGCUUUCCUGAAAUCUGCAAUUGGAAAGUAAACGUUCAGCUUGUUAGACUGAAGGCGGAACAGGCAACCAGUGGGCUCCUAAAGUUCUUUCCUAAUAUCGAAGUCCUCAAACAAUCUCUGACUGUUUUAACUGAUUUUAAUACUGUAUUUUUCAUUGCUAUAACCAGCCCUGAGACCUUAUGGUGAAGGGUGAGUGAGAAAUAUAAAAACAAUAAUUAACUGAUCAUGGUUUAAAGUGCAACCUUGGGGCCCCUCUGAUCUCAACUGAUCUGCAAAAUUCUCAGAAAAGAAUCCUUAGAGCAAUUAUGGGUGCCCCUAAAAUAUUCAUUGGAUUCUUCUCCUAUAGACUUGGGAAUCCAUUUAUUCUUGCAUUUUCAAUUAUUGGAUUAGAAUUCUUUCAAAGGAAGCAAAGAGAGACUCAGUUUUGUUGCUAAGAGCAGAAUCUUCUCAGUCUACUGAAAGAAUUGUCUUGGCUGACAACAUCUGGGAAGCUUGUGCUGAUUCAUAAAUGUUAUUUUCUAGGCAGGGGCAGACAGAGGACAUAGUCAACUAGCGGUGGUUAAAAAAAAUAUUUUAAAAGUGAAUAAAAUAGGUCUUGGCACAGACCAAACUGUGUUAUCAAACGUCAAAUCAACCCCACUGGUAUUACUGACCGUAAAAAGUAUUUUACUGACAUUAUAAAUUUCCCUUUAUGGAAGGCUCUAAUCCUUCUCAGGUUCCAAAAGAAGCUUUCUGCAAUUUGAAAUAAUCAUUAUGGGGGCAUUCCUUUUAACUAAUGAGAAGGAUGGAGCAGAAAAUUUAGCUAAAAUCGCACAAGCUGAUAACCUGCAACAUUUACUUUCUGACACUGUUUUGGGGUGGAAUCUGCAAAUAUUUCUACUAGAAACUAUAUGUAUUGAACUGAAAAUGUGCCUUUGCAACAAAGUUUGCUCCUCAUUAUUUUUCCUGAGCUUGUAGUGGAUAGUUUUAUUGACAGAUGAUAGCAUAGAUUGCAUGCUAUGUUUUUAUCAAAUUAUUUGGGUUUGGUUAUUAUUAUUUGUAGCCCUUAAUUAAUAACAAUUCUUUGAGGGUAUUGUGCUAUGUAAUUUUGUGUUUUUAUAUAGUAAGCUGCCCUGUGAUCUUUGAAUGAAGGGCGGUGUAGACAUUUUUAAUAAUACUAAAUAAAUUAUUAUGUUAUCAAAAUGCACCCUGCAUAUAGCAAUAUUGAACUUAAGACUAAAGAACUGGAUCUGUUUUAAACUGAUCUCAUUUUAUAAUCUCCCUUUCAUGGGCUGAAUCGUUACAACAGUUGUAUCCCAUAAAAAGAGAAUAAAGCUUCGAAAUGAUAAA